GCUAAUUAGGAGUGACCUAGCCUGUAGGCGAUACAGGUUCUCCCUACGCCAAAAACCUUCUAACCACAACAACAGUAAAGUUUGGAUAUACGAGAUGUCGUUCAAUCCUCAUCACAUUUUUAGCGAAAAUGGAACACAAGAAAAGGGCGAGAACGCGCGUCUUUCGUCGUUCGUCGGUGCCAUUGCCGUUGGUGAUUUGGUGAAGAGCACACUUGGACCUAAGGGAAUGGACAAAAUUUUGCAAUCUGCUUCCUCUGGCGAUAUUGUCGUUACGAACGAUGGUGCUACUAUCCUUAAGUCCAUUGCUUUAGAUAAUGCCGCCGCCAAGGUCCUGGUGAACAUUUCAAAAGUUCAAGAUGAUGAGGUUGGUGACGGUACUACAAGUGUUUGCGUUUUUGCUGCCGAAUUACUUCGCCAAGCUGAGCUUCUCGUCAAUGCCAAAAUUCACCCUCAAACGAUUGUUAGUGGAUACCGGAUUGCUACCAAGGUUGCCUUAGAUGCUCUCUCGGCUUCAGCUGUUGAUAACUCUGCUGACGCCGAAUUGUUCCGUCAAGACCUGAUGAAUAUUGCCAGAACAACACUCUCCAGCAAAAUCCUUUCUCAGAGCAAAGACCAUUUUGCUAAACUUGCAGUAGAUGCAGUGCUACGACUUAAGGGAAACACUAACUUGGACAACAUUCAAAUCAUUAAAAUUAUUGGCGGAAAAAUGGAGGACUCAUUUUUGGAUGAAGGAUUCAUCUUGAACAAAAAGAUUGGUGUCAACUGCCCUAAGCGUAUUGAGAAUGCUAAUAUCCUUCUUGCCAACACGGCCAUGGACACUGAUAAGGUGAAGAUCUUUGGCGCUCGUGUGCGUGUUGAUGCGACAAUGAAAUUAGCUGAAAUGGAGCGUGCUGAGCGCGAAAAAAUGAAGAAAAAGGUUGAGAAGAUCAAGACCCAUAACAUUAACUGCUUUAUCAAUCGCCAGCUGAUUUACAAUUGGCCCGAGCAGCUUUUUGCUGACGCGGGUAUCAUGUCUAUUGAACAUGCUGACUUUGAUGGCAUUGAACGCCUAUCUUUGGUUACUGGAGGUGAGAUUGCCUCCACUUUUGAACAUCCAGAACUCGUGAAGCUUGGUCACUGCAAGUUGAUCGAGGAAGUUAUCAUUGGUGAAGACAAGAUGAUCAAGUUCUCUGGCGUCGCUGCAGGAGAAGCUUGCACAAUUGUGCUUCGUGGUGCUACAAACCAACUUCUGGAUGAGGCUGAGCGUGCUAUUCACGAUGCUUUAGCUGUUUUGUCUCAAACUGUGAAGGAAACUCGUGUAACAUUGGGUGGUGGCUGUGCCGAAAUGUUAAUGUCGAAGGCUGUUGAAGAAGCUGCCGACAGAGACGCCGGAAAGCGUUCUCUUGCCAUGCAAGCGUUUGCUACUGCUCUCCGUCAAAUGCCCACCAUCCUCGCCGAUAACGCAGGUUUCGACUCGAGUGAGUUGGUGUCUCAGCUGAAGGCUGCUCAUUACCAGGGAAAGACAACCAUGGGUCUGAACAUGGAGAACGGUUCCAUUGCCGACAUGAGAGAAAGGGGCAUUGUUGAGGCAUACAAGUUGAAGCAUGCCGUCGUUUCUAGUGCGUCGGAAGGUGCCCAGCUUCUUCUGCGUGUUGACACAAUUCUUAAGGCUGCACCUAGACCUAGAGAAAGAAUGUAAGGUUACGGAAUUCGAAUGUCAUAAAAAUAUUGUUGGUAUGAAAGAACGUCUCAAUCAAUGUAGAACGAGGAAUACAACAUGAAAUUGCUGGGGUAGCUCCCAAUUCUUAUCUUGGGACUACUUCGUUCGAGUAAAAACAAUAAUUAAUUACGGUGUACUGGAACAAACGCAUUG